AUGCUGCCUUUUGUUAUCCUUUGGUCUCUACUUGUACGGCUGGUGCUGUCCAAUGUGGAAAAAGCAAUUUUCGUCGCGCCUCCUAUAGACGCUGCUCAAUUCCCAGCAGCGUCACUUCGGCUUGAGAAUCUCUCAAAUUUGGGCACAUUGUCCCCGUCUACCCCAUCAAUUAGACAACAUCUAAAUGCCUCCUUUCCAUCCGAAACCAAUCCCUUAGGAGUGAAAUCCUGGUUCCGCCUCGCUAACCUAUCCCCCGGCCAACGAUAUGAGGUUCGGAUAUGCUGGCUCGCGACUCAACCGACCUCUUUCGAUCUCAAUCUUUUCACGGCGUCGGAUAUUCUCGAUUCAUCAUCCUUAUUGUCGUCUUUCACAACCUUUUGCGAACGCCAUCAGCUUGCCAACCAACGUUUACCCCCAUUGCCAAAUAAGUCGCCUAAUGCCAUAACUCUCUUUCUUGCCGUUGACGCUGCAGCAGAUUACUUCACUCUCAACCAGACCCUGAUGGAAAGUGUUCCACCGGUCGCAGUGGAUAUUAUCCUUGACGCGUAUCUCAUGAACAUUUUCCCUCGCUCGUUGAUUCCCACUGCUGUCUACGUCGCCUGCGUGGUAGUUGUUGCCUGGCGGGCUUGCCGUUUUGUCCAGUCUCUUGUUAAUGGGAUAAUUUCGAGUGGUUCGAUAACGGAAAUAAGCGCGGAACAGAAGUCAAAAUAA